GCCUCGAAGGCCGCCUUCCCACCCUCCCUUCUCUCUUUCCAUUCCCUUUUCAAGCAUCAAAUUCCAAGGACCAUGGAAUCCAAGAACUCAUCGCAAAACGGGAGCCUUUGCAAGGGCGAUGGUCUAGGCCCCAACAAUAGCGGAUCCUCUUCUCUGAUCUUCCUUGGAACCGGCUGCUCCAGCUCGGUCCCCAACGCCCGAUGCUUGAUCCAGCCGACGGAUCCCCCUUGCCAAGUCUGCUCCCAAUCGCUUUCAAUCCCUCCGGAACAAAACCCUAACUACAGGUGCAAUACCUCCCUUCUGAUUGAUUAUUGUCAAGGUGAUGGUGUACAUGAAUACAUCUUGAUUGAUGCUGGAAAGACUUUCAGAGAGCAAGUUUUGCGAUGGUUCACUCACCACAAGAUUCCCCGGGUGGAUUCUAUCAUUUUGACCCAUGAACAUGCUGAUGCAGUUCUUGGUCUUGAUGACAUUCGUGCGGUACAAGCACAUAGUUCUACAAAUGAUAUCGAUCCCACUCCUGUUUAUCUUACCCAGUAUGCAAUGGACAGUAUCAAAACAAAAUUCCCAUACUUGAUUAAGAAAAAAUUAAAAGAAGGCGAAGAAGUGAGGCGCGUUGCUCAACUUGACUGGAAGAUAAUUGAGGGCCACUGUGACAAACCAUUUAUAUCAUCAGGCCUAGAGUUUGUUCCAUUGCCAGUAAUGCAUGGAGAGGAUUACAUUUCCUUAGGCUUCCUUUUUGGGCGAAAAUCAAGAAUUGCAUAUGUAUCUGAUGUUUCACGUUUCCCAGCUAGCACUGAGUAUGUUAUUUCAAAGUCUGGAGCAGGACAGUUGGAUCUUCUCAUCUUAGAUACAUUGUACAAGAAAGGCUCUCAUAAUGUACACUUCUGCUUUCCCCAGGCUCUUGAUGCUGUUAAGAAGCUAUGCCCCAAACGGGCGCUGUUAAUCGGAAUGACUCAUGAGUUUGAUCACCACAGAGAUAAUGAGGCACUUGCUGAAUGGUCUAGAAGAGAAGGGAUCCCGGUGCAGCUUGCUCAUGAUGGUUUGCGGAUCUACAUAGACUUGUAAUAAGGCCUAACUGCAAAGACUGUAUCUGGAUAGCUGCAUUGCAGAGUGCUUAUAUUCCCAACGUCUCCAUGAUUAUUUGUUAUAGAAAUUAUUGGCUAUCCGAUUUCUUUUAAAUCUUGAUUGAAUGGGCAAUACAAUUCUUCCAUGGGAACUGCUGAAGUAUGUAAGUGUGAAAGAUGUUCCUUUGUGCAACAGGGGAAAAGAAAACAGUGAGCCAAGCAACUAAUUGUUGGUACUCAUUUUUAAUACAUGUGUCUUAGAAGCAUAUCAUAUGAUCUUCCAUAGGGAUUGUAUCUAUAAAAUCCAAUGUCUUUGUCUUCAUUAUGAUGAUGUAUUUUUAUAGCAAGUUUGCAAAUAAACAUUCAGACAUAUUUAGGUUAUUGAUUGGUGGCUUCUGAGGUA